AUGAGUAUUUAAGCUGUGAAUUACGAGGUGGAAGAUAUGGGUCGCUAUUUCAAAUCAUCAAAGAAGAAGUACAAAUGGACAUUCAUGUUGGAGGACAAGCAACACAUGUUGGAAUUAGAAUUCUCAUAUCUCAGUGGGAAGAGAAGACUGGUGUUGGACGGCAGAGUACUACACGAAAGCAUGAUGCUCACCUCCUCAUUCCAGUAUCCCUUUACUCUGGAAGGAUUUGCUUUAAACGUGAUUUAACAAGGGGAUGCGUUUGAAUUGAGAAUCAAUAAUAAGGUCUUCUCUCAUCUAUACACUCAAUAAAAAACAAAGAGCGAGUUUGUGUACGAUGAGAAAAUCAAUAAUACCAAUAAAACGGACAACAACUUCUAUUCUGAGCCUCCCAAUUUUAAUACCCAAUUUUCCAACAAUAAUAACUUUCAAAACAAUUCACAAAAAAUUAAUUUAAAUAUUAAAUUUGAAAACCCCAAGGACACCAAUCCCAUCUAAUAAAAGACAAGCGUGGUAUAAUAGACCAAAACAUCCACCACCUUUGGGUAGCCAGGAGCAUUUGAAGAAUUUGAAUAGUUCGGUCAGGUGUCCAAAACCUCCAAUAAUCCAUUUGGAGAUUCUUUCCAGGUUUCAGGAUUUUCCUCAGGCCAAGCAGUUUAGUAACAAUAAAAAAAGGUGGACUUAUUAAAUUUAGAUGAUGAUGUGCCAUAAUAAAAGGCAGUCAAUCCACCAUAAUAGGAGUUUCUAUUUGAAUAAUAAUAAUAAUAAUAAUAAUAGGAAAAAACUAAUAUACCUCAAUAAACUAAUUUAUUUGAUGCCUUUGGUAAUGGGUGGAAUUAACAACAAUAAUAACAAUAACAAUAAAUUCCAUAACAAUAAUAAAACAUGUUUUAAUAACCAACUUAGGUUCCACAACCAUUUGAAUCUUUUAAUUAAAUGGGCUAAAAUACAUAAGGAUUUUAAAAUCAAUAGUAAUAGGGUGGAUUCCAAAACUCUCAUGCUUUUGGAUAAGACUUUCCCUAAGCUCCCCAACAAUAAUAAAAUUUAAAUAUCUUAAAUUUGUAUGGCAAUCAACCACCAGUUGUUGGAAAUUUAGCCUAUUCAGCAUUUCCUUAAGUUCAAUAAUACAAUUAACCAGUGCCCUAGUCAUAGCCUACUCCAUUUGAUCUGUUCAAAUGA